UGUCGUCGCGAGAAGAAGCCGCUGGGGGCGUCUGCGCCGAUAAACGGAAGUGUUGGUGACGGUCUGAGGAAUCACCGCCAAGCUGGGAACCGGGGAGAUGGCCGAGACGGACCCCAAGACCGUGCAGGAUCUCACCUCGGUGGUGCAGACACUCCUGCAACAGAUGCAAGAUAAAUUUCAGACCAUGUCCGACCAGAUCAUUGGAAGAAUUGAUGACAUGAGUAGUCGCAUUGAUGACCUGGAGAAAAACAUUGCAGACCUCAUGACACAGGCUGGGGUAGAAGAACUGGAAGGCGAAAACAAGAUACCUGCUACUGCUACACAGAAGAGUUGAAGGUUGCUAAUUUACACUGGAAUCUGGAGCAUUGUUUUUACAAGCCAAGAGAAGACCGUAUGGCUUUUUGCAACUAAUUACUAUGUUGUGAAGUGUGCAUUCUUCUUAUUAUAUACUAUAUAGUUAGUUGAUAGAGUGAUUUCCCCCUUCCCCUGUUUCUUGAACAUGGUAACUUCACAUCUUGAAUCUUGGUCAGUUGUGCUAUUAAAUAUUAAACACUAAAACUUUGGCGGUUCCUGCAUAAAAUUGUCAAAUUUUUUAGUGUAUUUUUGUGAAGUAAUUUUUUUCCUAUCGUUCCUUUUGUAGUAGUUGCUGUUUGAUAAAAGUUGCUGUGUAAUUUUUUUCUAUUAGACAUAUAGUAGAUUAUUCCUUUAUAAUUAGACUUUGUAAAGUAAGACAUUUAUAGAGUUUAGGGUUCUUUAAUUCUCAUCAGAGUGAUGAACUAACACCAAAUAGUGUGUUGGUGGAAAAAUAUUUGUUGGUUACAAAUAUUUUAAAAUUGUUUAUUCAGAAAUACCAGGCACUAUUCUGUUACCAAAACUCAAACUUGAACAGUAAUUUUAUGUCUGUCUUUGAGGUCAGAUGCUAAAGUAAUGAAUAGUAACCACUGCCACUUUAGUAUGAGAAUUUUUAAAUAUGAAAAAUGACAAUUGCCUGAUGUGAUGAGGCAUUCAUUAGUUAGAGUUUUGCAUGAGAUUUGAAUACUUCAGUAGGACCCUACAUUGUUCAUCUACGAUAGUGACCAUGCAAAAUCUGGCAGGAUUUGAAAACUCAGUUACUCCAUCUUUUCUUUGAGCUACUGAUUAGAAAAAGGAGUGAAAAGGGAAACAGACCAUAAGUAAGUCCAUGCCAGUUGCUUCACUAGAAAAUAAUAAAUGACUUGUAGUAGGCCCCAGUUUUUAAGAAAUACUGUUUCUUUAAACUAUUUCUUACCUAAAUUCUUAGAGUAAUGGCUUUAUUAUUCAUUAUAGAAGACGGGUAACUCUUGCCGCUCAGAAAUGUAGUGUCGGGAAUGCUAAGCCUGGGAGGCCGAUACUGACUAAAGGAGAUCCAUGUGAUUGUCACAGCAGAUGAUUUUGUGUAGACAAGGCUGAGGAAUGGUAUGGUGCCUCAAAGGAACAUCCUUAAUACAGUAUGAUUUUUUUAAGUUUCCUAUCUCACCAGUCUUGAUUGUUUUUGUAUUGCAAAUAUAUAAUAUUAAGUAAUUUUUCCUAUUUAUAAAUUAUAUAGAGAACGCAAAGGAGUAAAUUUCUUCUGUGUUAAGAUGAGUUAACCACUGUUAAUUAUGCAGCUGUAGAAACUCCUUUGAUGGGCCAGUAGGUUGUGCUGCCAGGUUGAGCCCUGAACACACCAGAGCCUGCUGGACUCCAGCCAGCCAGGUGGAACCUGUGUGCGGGUGUUUUCAAGCCUGGUCAGUGGCAGCUGGAAAUGGUACUGCAGGAAGGUUAGUCAGGACGGAAAUAGGAGUUGGCUUCCUUGAGUCAUGGAAAGAAGGAUUCCUGAGGCAAGCUCCCCUGACCUCGAGUAUCUGCCCUGAAUAAAGGUGCCUGAAAUCCUGCAGUGGAAGCUUCCUUUGUG